UGCUGUACGGAUGUGUUGUUACGGAUUAAGAAAAGGGAGGCGUAGAGGGGGUUUAGGAGAAAGUCAUUACCCAUGAGUGACUGCGCGAGGAGUCACCCUCUCUAAAUGCAAUAAGAUUUUCCUCUGCAGCCGCGCGACGAUUCCACGGUGCUUCAAUACAGCGGUGGCAGGCAUACGCACAGAGCAAGUAUACAAAACAAACAGCCAUCGAUUAUGCGUACGGUACAGUGAUACACUGAGAGAGCUACGUUACAAGUUGUUUGACAAGUCGAGGAUUUGACAUGUAAAGCGGUUCGAAAAUAGGCGCCCUAACCGGCUCUGCACAGCCAUACUGAACAUGACGAGCCAUUCCUGGCUAGAGUCAUCGCUUCACCGCUCUUCCAAACUCGGACGUGAAGUAUUGGAGAGAGCGCGCAAACGGAGUGUGCGCUGGUCGAACACUAGUCCAUAUGGCAGUCGCACUUCACUUGAAUCUACUGGGGAUAUACACCAAUUAGACGUCAAGAAGAUACAGGAAGACCCAGUCAAUCUACAUAAGAGUCUGGAUAAUGCCUUUGACAGAGUAGUGGAAUUCAUGGAUCAUACAUCUUAUGAGUGCAAGAACUUCUACAAGUCAGUUCCAGAUCCCAGUGACGACGAUCGGGAACAUAUAUGUCGCUUUCAUUCAGGUAGACCAGCUAGACCCUCACCUCCACCCCCCUCCACCUGCGGUAGGAAACGUAGUCCUGUACCUGUAAAGGACUCUGUGAAGAGUCAGUGCGGACCUGAGGAUUUCCACAUUGUGCUGUCUCCAGGAAGCUACGCCAUUACUGCUGGCGUACCGGGUGCCUCUCCGCAGACACAGGUGGUGCGCGUCAACCCUGGAGAGAGCAUGAGCCUCACCUUUAACAUUUGACCUCUCUCUUAUGAUCAACAGUGAGACUUUCUUUACAUGGAAAGUGUGUUUGUGUUCUUUCACAUGAGUGAGUGUGUUUCUGCUGCUAUUGAGAUCUCUACUGAGAUGGGUAUAAUGCCUUUGUUUGAAUGUUAGUUCAGCCAUUUUCUUCUUUAAAUUAAUUAAAUGUAUUAAAAGCACAUUUUAAAUAUUCAUAUAUAUUUUUGUAAGAUUAUGUAAUUAAGUCUGACUUUGACAUACAUCCAAUUCAUUUUGAGUGAUAUGAAAUUGCCUUGUAUUGCCAGAGUGAAUGUUUUAUAGUUAUCUGUCAAUAACUGUAUUAAACAAAAAAUAUAAAUCUA